AUUGUCAGCGUGUGUCUGUCAGAUAAAUACAGCUCAGUAUAAUAUGACUGACUGGGAAAAACACAAAGCGUGAUCUUUAAAACUCAAAGCAAUCCAAGCGUGUUUGUACAAGUUUUACUGCGGAGAUGAGCCGAGAACAAACACAAUGCUCCACUUUAACCACCAAACUCUUUGCAUCCGAGGAGUCACGUGAAUACUUGGUUGCAACAUGUCUAAUCUUAGAAAGCCAGAGCGACAUGAACAGUGAAAAGGCAUUCAUUUUAUCGCAUAAUAAAGCGUACAAAUGAGUCCACUCCGUAUCUUCUUGGCCGCAUGUCGCAGCCCGCAGCUUUGCGCGGAUAAACAGCAGCUGUGCGCCGCAGAGCAACAAAAAGGAAAACCAAGGACAAAAAGACUUCCUGCAGUCGACCUUAUAGGAAAUAAUCUUCCAUCCGUGCAUCCUACAGUUAAUCUAAAAAGACUUUAACGAUCUUAACCCCCUCGAUCGGAGUACCACCGCCUCCGUGAAGCUGCGUAAACCCCCGGAGUGUUUUUUUUUUCUGUUUUCCGCACAGACGCAGACGGCUCCCUCCUGCUCAGCAGCGGCCUCCAUUUUAGCUCCUUGCCCGGUCGGUGCCUCACGUGUCCUGGACUGUCUUUCUCACAUGACCCGUGUGUUUGUCCCCGUGAUCAGCGCUUCCAUCUCCGUAAAUCAGUGUCGUUGAAUAUCGGCGUUUUACACCCGCAAAAAGCUUUAUGGAUAUGCUGGAGCAGAGUCUGGACAGCACGGCGAGUCACGACAAACAGGAAACAGAAGAGGUGGUGCAGUUACAGGAAGGAGAGGCAGUGGGGACGGAGGAGCAGACUGCAGUGACCAUCACCGGUGUCCCGCAGGCUGCGUUCGCUGACCACAAUGUGCAAUACCAGUUCCGUACAGAGAACAGUGGAGGACAGGUGACCUAUCGCGUGGUGCAGGUGACAGACGAUCAGUUAGAAGCAACAGCUGAUGCGACUGGAGCUGUCAGUGUCGUCUCUACCGCAGCGUUUGCGGGAGCCCCUCAGGCAGUGGCACAGGCUGUUAUCCAGAACCCUUUCAGUAAUGGGGGCAGUCCUGGAGGGGAGACAGUGGGAGGAGAGACACGUUUCGCUUAUUUCCCUGCCGCCACUGUCAGCGAUGGAACAGCCACGGCCGUGUCCGUGCAGGCCACCGCCGACCCAACGAUAACACAGACAGGAGGCCAGUUUUACGUGAUGAUGAGCCCCCCUGAGGUGCUACAGACGACGGCCCCUCGUACCAUCGCACCACGCACACACACCUACACUGCAGACCUUGGUGAAAGCGAGAUGUUGCAGCAUGGCAGUUCAAACUGGAAAGUGGAGGGUCCACGGGCACCCAGAGAUGAGCGGCGAAGAGCACAGCACAAUGAAGUGGAGAGAAGAAGAAGAGACAAGAUUAACAACUGGAUUGUCACACUUUCAAAAAUCAUCCCUGACUGUAGCAUAGACAGCAGAACUGGAGCGAGUAAAGGAGGCAUCCUGUCCAAAGCUUGUGACUACAUCCGAGAGCUGCGUCAGAAUAACCAGCGACUGCAGGAGAGUUACAAAGAGGUGGAACGAGUGGAGAUGGACAACGAGCUGCUUAGACAACAGAUUGAGGAACUGAAGAAUGAUAAUGCACUGCUUCGAGCACAGCUACAGCAGCAUGGCGUAGAAGUCAACGGGGAUGCAACACCGCAGUGAUUGUGGACUGAACACAUGUAACAUCAUAAACACAAUGUCGCAUCCUCCCACCCACCUGAACAAUACUAGGAAAGGAAUAACAAUGAGAGACAAUUUCCAUCUGAAACUGGACCACACACACACACGCACACGCACACACACACACACACACACACGCACACACACACACACACACACGCACAGGGCUUGAGAAGAACACUGAAGGACUGCAAACGCCUCCUCCACCUACAGAUGUUCAAGGCUGAGCGCUCUGAAAUCCGUUAUCUGUGUAGCUUACAGAACCUCUCACCUCUGCUUCAAGGAGUACGACCUCUACACAGCACCACCACGCUUGCACCAAACCUUCUUUUUACUUUAAAUUUUGAACCUGCCACAGAAAAUUUACUUUUAAUGAUAUCACCUUUUUAUCGUGCCGCAAACUUCUCUUCCUUCUCCUACUUUUUUGUUGACAUUUGCUGUGUGUGAAACUACUAAAUGUGACAUGAAUGAUAGCUCCCAUUUACUUUUAAUUUAUUAGUUUUUACAGAAUGUGUACAAAGAAAAAGAGAAGCUGAUUUUGUGAAUUUACUCUUUUCCCACCAACACAUAUUGGGCAGAUCAGAUAUUUUAAUCAUGUCCAUCACUGUUACUAAGCAUAGGUUUACUGUCAGUGGAUCAUGUGUAUAUAAAGCUGAUCUGUAUGCACUUUGAGGUUCAGUUUCUGCCUCUUUACACUGACACUCCAAGCACCAGGCAGAGCUCACACACUUUAUAAACAUAAUCCACAGUCAGUAAAUGAAAAAUAAGUAUAUAUAAUACUUUUCUGACAGUCUAGGUAAAAGCAGCUUGAUAGCACAGGCAUGGAGGUUUUAUUUUUAAUGCAAGGCCUUACUAGAAGCCCGUUGGAGAAUCUAGGUGAUAACAUAGCUCAGGUAAUUGCACUGGCAAGUGGUUCCCAGACUCAAUGAAGUCUUUACAUAUAGCGUUUAGAUCUCUCUUGUGUCCCCCUUAGGUGCAAUGUACAGAUAAAUGAGAAUAUGGAAAUGAUUUUCAAGGUGGAAAUCACUUUUAACGGGCAUUAAAAUAUGGUUGGUUUCUAUAUCUGCUAAACAGGUCACUGGUGUAAUGCACUGAAAUAGAGGUUAUGAGAGGUCUUGGUUUGAGACCAGCCUCUGUUUGGCCCACUAGUCCUGUUGCAUCUUAGUGGACACCUGACGUGGCUUUUUUUUGCAAUUGUCCCUAAUUCUUUCAAACUUUGGGAACCUUUGCUGCUGACAGAAGACCAUAAAACAACCGUGGUCAGGAAUGUGCUGAAGGUAGUUUGGAUGCGAGUGAUAUAGUUGUAACUAACCAGCUUUUGUCUACACUGAAAGUCACCACAGCAUGGAAAUAUAACCACUGGCAUGACUAAUUCUGAUACUACAAUAAAACAGAAGUGUUUAUACCUGUGUGUUUA